CCCCUUCUUGCAGCAUGUCUCAACCCUCUGGGAACAACAUGCGGCCAUUACCGAUGGGUAGAUGGAUUAUUGCAUGUGAACAACCACGUUUUAUUGUCACGGUGAAACUUGUUUAUCCACUAUGCGAACGUGGUGUUUAAGGCUGAGUUUUAACUCCUCAGACCGAAGAAGUCUCGGAGAAGAGACCAAACGCUUCAGCAAAGAGAUCAACCUAUUUUUUUUUUUUUUUUUACCUGGAUUAUUAAGGAUUAUCUUUGUUUGAUGUCGUUUUCGGAUAACGUUACAGGGUCUGUGAGCUGAAUUUGUCAGGCAUCUGUAGCAGGAAUGUCUUCACCUUGGCGUCAGGAAGAACUUAAUGACGAGCAAUUAACUCGUACCGAAGAAACAUUCACAGAGCUAAAGGAAAUAAUCGUCAAGUCAGAGGAAGAGAUCGAUGGUGAGCGCAGACUGCUGGAUUUCAACCGGAUACCCGAGAUAAUCGUCCACCAAAUAGACCAACAGCAUCAUGUUGAGAAGGACGAGGCUCCUGUUGACCAGUGGACCUGGCCCCAGGAGAGUAACUCUAGAGCAGGCCAGGAUGAAAUAGAUCCCUUCCAGAUCAAAGAAGAGCGGAAGGAUCUUGAAAAUCUGCAGAUCAAAACGAAAAAGGAUCAACUCUGCACAGGUCACAAUGAAGCACAGAUUGUGCUAAAGCAGGAGACUGAGACCUUCAUGGUGACUCCUAAUUAUAAGGAAAAAUACAUCAUUGAACCAGAACAAAACUGGAACCAAGUCAUCUCUCAGGAUACUCCUGGAGCUGAUCAGGAUGGAAGAAGUGACAAAGAUUUGGGAUCAGAGACAAAUGAAGAGCAAAUCCAAAACAAGAGAUGUCCGCAUAAUGACAGUGUUGGCAAUUCAGAACGAAACAUUAUGUGCUCUUGUAAAAACUUUGCUGAAAUCAUUCCUCAGAAUUGUUUCUUGCCUCGACAAAGGGACAAUCCCUCAAGGAAAAAGCUUUUCUCAUGUCUGACCUGUGGAAAAGGUUUCUCCCAAAAAGGUCUCUUGAAUAAGCAUGUGAGAGUUCACACAGGUGAAAAGCCUUUCUUAUGUUCAGUUUGUGGAAAAGGUUUUACUCAAAAAAUUAGUUUAACUCAUCACUUCACAGCUCACACAGAAGAGAAGCCUUUCUCAUGUGUGACCUGUGGGAAAACAUUUAGGUUCAAAUAUAGUUUGAAUACACACGUGAGAAUCCACACAGGUGAAAAGCCUUUUCCAUGUCUGACCUGUGGGAGAAGUUUUAAUCAGAAAGGUAAUUUGAUUUAUCACAUGAGAAUUCACACAGGUGAGAUGCCUUUGUCAUGUACUAUUUGUCAAAAAGGUUUCACACAAAGAAGUCAGUUAGAACUACACAUAAGAACUCACACAGGUGAAAAGCCUUUCUCGUGUGUGACCUGUGGAAAAAGUUACAGUCAAAAAGGAAAUUUAACUUGUCACAUGAGAACUCACACGGGAGAGAAACCCUUUUCAUGUUUGACCUGUGGAAAACAUUUUACCACAAAAACUCUUUUGAACAAACACUUGAGAACUCACACAGGGGAGAGGCCUUUCUCCUGUUUGACCUGUGGAAAAAGUUUUCUUCGAAAGGCUCAUUUAGUGGAUCACAUGAGAAUUCAUGCAGGUGAUAGGCCUUUUUCCUGUGUCACCUGUGGAAAAAGUUACAGUCAAAAGGGAAAUUUGACUUCUCACAUGAGAACUCACACAGGAGAGAAGCCUUUUUCAUGUUUGACAUGUGGAAAAAGUUUUACCAUAAAAAGUGUUUUGAACAAACACCUGAGAACUCACACAGGCGAGAGGCCUUUUUCCUGUUUGACAUAUGGCAAUGGCUGGUAA